AUGCCUCCCAAAGUCAAGAUAUUCAGUCUCGAGUCACGAUAUCUCGACGGCUUGCAGUACGUCUACAUGCCUCUCCAGAGGCGUGAUAGGCCGGAUCAAGACUCCGGGCCGCAGAUCAUUUCCCGCCGCGCCGAGGGCCGCAAGGGAAAAGAAGCCAGUGCCACGUUCGAACUCAAGAACCCGCAGACUCAGCUACAAAGUGCAAGACAUUCAGAGAAAAAAAGAAAACCUUGCAUGGAAUAUCGUAUCGUAUCGCAUCGCGUCAAACGUAUUGCAUUGGAUCUCAAUAGAUCGUGCUAUAGAAAUAGAUAUGCAUGCGCCCUCACCGCUCUCCCACACCCCAGACCUGCGGGAAGGAUUGUCAUCAUGCUUCAGCCUUCACCGUUCCCCGUCCCGUUUGAUUCCAAGGGUGAGAAGAGAUUGAUGCCGAUUUCAGCUGUGCAAGUUACCCUGUUCAGGAUAUCGCACAUUACGUCCGUAGAACUUGCCCGCCGAACCAUUCAUAUCCAAGAUAAGCCAUGCUGCUACUGCACCAAGCCGUGCUCUAUUGCCAUUGAAGAAUCAUCAUCACCGAUUUGCCCGUAA